CACAAUGAAGUUUUCAGUCAAAAUUUGCCUACUGUUGGCCUGUUGGUAGUCUGUGGCCUUGCACGUACAGGUACAACAUUACUCUACAAUUUGCUUGCCUGCGAUCCGAAUUGUCGUGCACCAUUGUACACUGAUAUAGCUGUUGAAGUUGUUCCACCGAUUUCACGAUCCGAUUCGAUCGGACAAAAACGACGAAAUGAUCUUUUAAAAUCUCCUCAACAAGAGGAUGAACAAUUUUUCGAUUUAUUAAUUCAAGUAGCUGCAUCUCAUGCACAUUUUGAUAUUGAAGAAGACUAUUAUAUUCUACGUCAUGCUGGCUAUUUUUCCCUGUUUACUCUUGUAUCUGAUGACGAAGAUUGCACUCCUGAGAGUUGGAUUCAUAAGGAAAUGAACAAAGAUUAUGCAUAUGAUUAUCAUGAAAUAUUUCUACGUAUGUUAAAUACUGUUGAUAUGCCAAAAUCGCAUUGGCUAUUAAAAUCACCGAUUCAUAUUUUUUCUUUUGAUAAAUUGCUUCAACAUUAUCCGAAUGCAUUAUUAAUCAUGACACAUCGACAGCUUGACGAGGUUCUACCGUCAUCGUGUAGUUUGACAUUGGCAACUGUUGGGUUGUAUUUUGACGAAACGAACUCGAUCAGUCGCGAUAGAAUACUAAAACGAUGUUGUCAAUUUGUCGAUACAGAAAUCGAAUGUAUGAUGAAAUUCCGAACAUCAGACAAUGGUGUACUUCGUCAAUUGAAAAAACAUAUUUUCGAUAUUACUUAUGACAAUUUGAUGAAAGAUCCAAUUGGUGUUGUCCAUCAAAUAUAUGACUAUUUUGAUCUUCAUUGGUCGAAUGAAAUGGAAAUGGCUAUGCGUGAUUGGCUUCUCAAAAAUCCUCAAGGAAAACAAGGUCGUCACACUUACUCACUUGCUGAGUUUGGUCUCAAUCGGGAAGAUAUCGAAAUACGUUAUGCUGACUAUAUUAAUUUGUAUCUGUCUUCGGAUAAUCAAUCAUCAUCGACAGCUUCCAUUUCAUCAUAA